AGUUGUUUCAAAUCUAACAAUCAUGAAACAGAAUAGUAAUGUUGUAUCUUGGAGCUGUAAAGAAGUUGAAAAGUGGUUGAAAGAUAAUGGUUUUGAAAGUUAUGUCCCUUUGCUCUGUGAUCAGCAUGAAUUUGAUGGUAUUGCCUUAUUAACUUUAACAGAAGAUGACUUGAAGAAGCCACCUCUCAACAUUCAAGUAUUAGGACAUGUUAAAAAACUAUCUUUAAAACUUGGCCUGCUGAGGAAACAAAAUUCUAGAGUUUUACAAUCUCUAGGUAUUGAAAAUAUUGAUCAAAUGAUACAGAAUAAUCACAGGAAAACACUGAACUCAAUUAGUUCUAAUGCUUCUAACUCUGAAGACAGCGAUGACUCUUUAAUUGAUAAAAGAAGACCACAGAGCAAAAUGCGAUCUAAGAAGCUGGACCCUGAAAUAUGGAAAACUGCAUUAAGCUUUAUUUAUGUCUUCUGUGUCUUUCUGUUAACGUCAUUUGUAAUGGUUAUAGUUCACGACCGUGUGCCUGAUAUGCAGAAAUUCCCUCCACUGCCAGAUUUAUUCCUAGAUAAUAUGCCAUAUGUACCAUGGGCUUUUAAAGUUUGUGAGUUAGUUGGUCUGAUAUUAGGUGGUUGUUGGUUUACCCUGCUUUUCUUCCACAAACAUAGAUUUAUUAUAAUGAGAAGAUUUUUUUCCCUGGCUGGAACUGUAUUUUUAUUAAGAUCAUUUACAAUGUUAAUAACAUCCAUGUCAGUACCAGGUGUUCACUUACAAUGUUCUGGAAAGAGAUAUGGUGAUAUAUGGACUAAGCUUCAAAGAACAUUUGAAAUUUGGAAAGGUUUAGGAAUGACGUUACAGGGUGUCAGAACGUGUGGUGAUUACAUGUUUAGUGGACAUACUGUUAUAUUAACUUUGUUAAAUUUUUUCAUUACUGAAUAUUCUUCCAAGACCAGAAUGUAUUAUCUCCACAUGGUAACAUGGGUACUUAAUUUAUUUGGUAUAUUUUUUAUAUUAGCAGCUCAUGAGCAUUAUUCAAUUGACGUUUUUGUAGCCUUUUAUCUUACUUCCCGACUUUUUAUGUAUUAUCAUACUCUAGCAAAUAAUCGCUCUUUAAUGCAACGAGAUGCCAAAAGAACAAGAAUAUGGUUUCCUUUAUUUGCCUUUUUUGAAUCAAAAUGUGAUGGUGUAGUGCCUAAUGAAUUUGAAUGGCCUUUGCCAUCAUGGCUCUGCUCAUUUUUAUGUUGAUACUAAUGUCUGUUUGCCUGUCUAGUCGUAAACUCUCUAUAAUUUUGUUCCCAGUUUCGUUCAGAGUUUUAUGUUAUGUUUAUGUUAUGUUAUGAUUUGAGUGCAUUCUGCCAAUAUGGUAGAACUUACAAUCUUUAGUUUAUUAUUAUGAAUGGAUAUGAAAGCCAAUUUAGUUUAAUUUGUUAUUCAGUAUGGGUGCUAAUGUUCUUAUAAAUACCCUUUUCUUUUUUACUAAAAGUUUAGUUUUGAUAUCUGUCAAUUUGUCUAAAUGUUCAAAUGUCUUUAGAAUCUACAGCUGAAAAUGCUGUUGUAUUUAUUUUUUUAUUUUUGAAAAUAUAUUAGUUUACAGCCACUAUCA